AUGAAGAUCACAGCCAUCGCGCUCGCCGGGCUGGCGUGUACCCUCGGCGUAUCGGCCUCUGGCGCCGCCAGCGGCCCGCCAGUGCGCGAAACGCAGGUGCCGUGGGACACGAGUGCGAUGCAGCGGGCCAAGGCGAGCAAGUUGCACACCAGGCCACCGCACCGCGCCGAGGGGUGGUUUGACAACCUCAAGGGUGGCGGGCACAAGGGCCGCAAGGGCCAUGAAGGCCGGCAGGUGGGCGACAUGUUCAGCGAGCACUUCUCGUCCCCGACGACGUUCACCUCGCUCUACUACCAAAAGGCCAUCACGGACAUGUACGAGGGCCAGCAGGUCACGACGGUGCGGGAGCUUGCGCCGCGCUCGUUUGACGUCCUCGGCUGGGUGGCGGCGCACCUCGACAGCGGCGAGGUGCACUUUGCCGCCGACCCCGACGUCGAGGUCAUUGAGACGGCGCUGUAUCUGCCCCCGGAACGCAGGCUCGAGGGCCACGGCCGGAUCGCCAAGCAGGUGUGGUUGUCGGGAUACAACGCCGAGGUCGCGGGCGAGUCGUUCAAGCUCAUCGAGACGACUUACCCCGAGGGUUACGGUGUCGUGACGCAGUGGUACAUUGUCGGCGACGAGGCCAAGGCCCUGACGUUUGCGCGCGAAGUGUUCAUCUGGUCGACGCAGAUCCAGGACUCGAUCCUCGUGUACGACAAUGGCUGGUGGUCGCCCGACCCGGCGCUCUGGCGCAGCGUGCAAAAGGCGUCGUGGGACGACGUGAUUCUCGAAGACACGUUCAAGCGCCGCCUGCAGAACGAGUACAGGCUCUUCUUCAAGUCCGAGGACCAGUACCGGAAAUUCGGGAUCCCGUGGAAGCGCGGACUCAUGUUCCUUGGUCCUCCCGGCAAUGGCAAGACGAUUAGCCUCAAGGCGCUCAUGAAGGACGUCGGUGUACCGGCGCUGUACGUAAAGACCCUUGCGUCAUACGGACUUCCAGGAGGACCCAUCCGCCAGGUCUUUGAGCGUGCGCGCGCCGAGGCCCCCUGCGUGCUCAUCUUUGAAGACCUCGACUCGAUGAUCACGCCCAGCAACCGCGCCUUCUUCCUGAACGAGCUCGACGGCCUCGAGGACAACGACGGCCUCCUCAUGGUCGGCACGACCAACCACUUUGACCGGCUCGACCCGUCCCUGUCCAACCGCCCGUCCCGCUUCGACCGGAAAUACAAGUUUGACAACCCAACCCGUGACGAGCGCAGAAUGUACGCCGUGUACUGGCGCAACAAGCUCGCAGACAACAAACACAUCAGCUUUCCCGAGCCGCUCCUGGACAAGGUCGCCGACGAGACGGACAAGUUUUCAUUCGCGUACCUCAAAGAAGCGUUUGUCGCGGCGCUCAUCAACCUCGUCAACGACGACGCCGAUUUCGAGACGGCGCUCAUGGAGCAAAUCAAGUUUCUGCGCGACGAGCUGGAGAGUGGCGAACCCGACGUCGCGGGCGCGGGCGCCGGCGCCGGCCCGUCGCCGUGGGCCAUGGAGACGGGCUAUGAUGGAGGAUAUGUCGACGGAUAUGUCGACGUCGUGGAGACGUACAGUUACCCGGUGAUCAUACCGGGCGUGGACAGCACCGACGGCCCGCAGAAUGAGUAUAGCGCCGGGCACGGCCUGGUCGUCGACAGGAGCAACCCGGACUCGGACGUGCCGUGGAUAGAGGAGUGA